AUGAUAUUGUAUAAACUGGUGAUCCUAGGAGAUGGAGGUGUUGGCAAGACGGCGCUCACCAUCCAGUUAUAUCUCAACCACUUCGUUGAAACAUACGAUCCCACCAUCGAAGAUUCGUAUCGGAAACAGGCAGUGAUAGAUCAGCAAGCGUGCAUACUAGAAGUAUUGGACACUGCAGGUCAAGAAGAAUACACGACAAUGCGGGAUCAAUGGAUACGAGACGGCGAGGGUGUUAUCCUCGUCUACAGUAUAACUUCUUGGAAAUCUUUCAAAAAAAUUCGGACAUUAUAUUCUCAGGUACAAAGGGUCAAGGAAUCUGGACAUCAACACUCUCCCACAGGUGCCAACUGCCUUCCAACACCGGUCAGUGGUCAACCGACCCACGCCCGUCCCGUUCCAGUCAUGCUGGUGGGGAACAAAAGUGACAAGCGUCACGAACGAGAAGUGUCAGCCCAAGAAGGACAGGCACUGGCCAAAGAGCUCGGCUGCGAAUUCGUCGAGGCAUCGGCUAAGAACUGCAUUAACGUCGAGAAGGCUUUUUACGACGUUGUUCGGCAGUUGAGAAGACAGCGACAAGCACCUCUGAGACAGGUCGAUUCAAGUAAAGGAUCUACAUGUGGGACUUCUCCGGACCCACGCCAUCAACCAGCUUACCGUGAACACACUAAGCGACGUGGUAUCAAGUGCAUCAUUUUGUGA